GACACAAUCGUGUGAAAAGUGCCGUGGAAAAUCAACAAUUUUCAUCUUUACUUGGCAUUUUAUCCCCAAAAUUCGACUGAAAAUGUGUCAAAGUGCGAAUUAUUCAAUUGCUUCAACAGAAAAUCAUCCAAAAAUCUUUUAAUUUAUCUGAUUUUCCGUGCAUCAAACAUCUUCUCAAACUUUAGUGAGCAGAAAAAAAGAAAAUUUUGUGAAAAAUGUGUGAUGGAAUUAUCAUUAGAACUCCUUCGUACAUCAUCAAGAUGGAUUCACAGGAAAAUUUUUACUUUCACGGCAGAAUUUCACGAGAGGAAGCUGAAAAUUUAUUAAGAACACAUGGUACAAACGGAACUUUCCUCGUACGUGAGUCAAAUACAGCUGCCGGCGAUUAUGUGCUAUCCGUGCUGCACGAUUCCGAGGUUGUUCAUUACCAAAUUCAGCGACAUCAGAACGACGCGUACUUCAGCAUCGACGACAGAUCGACAAUUCACGGCCUCGAUCAACUCAUCGACUACUACAGACAGAAUCAGGGAGGACUUCCGACGCCUUUGAGGCAAAUUAUUAAAUGUCAACCGCCGCCAGUGGAUGAUUUGUUGAAUGGGAGAGAAAAUUUGCUGCAUCGCGUUUGUCAACAGGGGAAUUUGGAAGUUUUGCUGCCAAUGUUGAAGGAUUUAAGCAGAAAUCUGGAGGCGAAAAAUCAAGAUGGGCAAACGGCGGCGCAUAUUGCGUGCAUUCACAAGCGAGAAGCAGUGCUGCAGAAUCUCGUGACGAUGCGGAGGAUUAAUAUUAAUUGUCGGGAUAAGGAUGGAAAUACGCCGUUGCAUUACGCUUGUCGUCAUCCCGGAACACAAAUGGUCCAAUUACUGAUUGAACAUCAUGCGGAUGUUCAAGCUCGUAACAUCACAAACGGAAAUGUUCCGUUACAUGACGCCGCUCAUGCUGGAAAUCUCGUUGCCGUACAACUUUUACUUGAAGCCGGAGCUCCUCUCAUGCCGCGUACGAAUUCAGGCGAAUUUCCCAUAGAUUUUGCUCGACAAGGAGGUCACAUCGCUGUCGUUCAAUUUCUCGAGUCUUAUGUUCCUCCAACGCCACGAACAAGUCGCGAAGAAUGGUUUCACGGAACUUUAAGUCGCGAGGAAGCUUCGCGUAAAUUACUUGCGGAAAAGCAACGUUUAGACGACGAAAGUGGCUUAGUUGACAACACAAUUUCGAAUUACGACACGGGAAUUUAUUUAGUGCGAAUUUCGAAGUCAGACAAGAAAAAAUUUGUCGUUUCGUUGUUGCAGGAGAAAAAAGUGAGAAAUUUUGAAAUUGCGAUGUGUGGAAAAUUUUUUUACAUCGACGAAGGUCCCUUUAUGCCGUCGUUGGAACACUUGAUCGAACAUUAUCAAAAUUUUAUCGAUGGGCUUCCGACACGUUUGAAGUUUCCCGUUAAACCUCCGAUUGUGCCGCCCGCUCCGCCGGUAAUUGAUUUCAAUACGCUUCGCAAGCAACGUCAAAUGAGCCUUCCAAAUGCCGCAAAUCCAUCCGGUUUUUCAUUUUCUUCGAUUCAGCAGCAACAACAAGCGACUUCGCCUGUCAUGAAUGCGCCUCCCGUCCCACCGCUUCCCAAUAAAAUGCCUGAAAAACCCGUAAAACAGCCGAAAUCGUCGCCAAUUAAGACGAUGAUAAGCGAUGGGUUUCGCAGCUUUCGACGAAAUAAGUCGUCAUCAUCUUCCAAUAAUAAUAAUGCGUCGACGGGCAAGUCAACUAACGAUAUCAGGCUUGAAAUUGCUUCUAGUCCCUUGCAACAUUUAACGUUUACUUCUGAUUUUCAUCUUGAUCAGACGUAUCAAACCCCCCGCGAAUCCGGAUCAGUUAUCAACAACAACAAUUUCCUCACAACUGCCGAAGAUUACAUCAAAGACGACAAAGUAAUCGAUCGUUCGCCGUUCAAAUCGGUCAAAGAAGCUGUCAAAUACGAAAAUUUCCCUUCCAACAUCAUCUCACGCGAACAAUUAAACAUUGGUCCAAGCAUCGGGCAAGGCGAAUUCGGGUUCGUUUAUCGCGGAAUUUACCUCCAUCACUCCGGAAACAUUGAAGUUGCCAUCAAAAAAUUGCCUGAAGACCAUUCGGAGGAAGAUCACGCCUCGUUUAUCCGCGAAGCGCAGUACAUGAUGGAUUUGCAUCACUCGUGCAUCGUUCGUCUCAUCGGAAUUUGCUUGGAAAAGGAAGUUAUGAUGAUCCAAGAACUCGUUCCGCUUGGCUCGAUGUUGGAAUAUCUGCAAAAAAAUAAAGAUAAUUUCACGGAUCUCGAGUUGGAGUGUCUGGCGACAGAAAUUGCAAGCGGAAUGGAUUAUUUGGUGUCAAAAAGGUUCGUUCAUCGCGAUUUGGCAGCGAGAAAUGUGCUGUUAAAAUCGCGUGUCAAGGCGAAAAUUAGCGAUUUUGGGUUGAGUCGCGUGUUUAAACGCGAAGAAAAUUAUUACGAAGCUCGUGAAGGAGGAAAAUGGCCGAUAAAAUGGUAUGCGCCCGAGUCAUUUUUGUAUGGAAAGUUCUCGCAUGCGAGCGAUGUGUGGUCUUUUGGCAUCGUUUUGUGGGAAAUGUUCACAAGAGGCGAAGUUCCGUAUGGAGACGAGACUCCGGGAAGUAAAGUUAUCGAAAUGAUCGAAAAAGGCGAACGUCUUCCGAAGCCCGAUGAUUGCCCGAACGAAAUUUAUCAACAAAUGCUCGCUUGUUGGCAAAAUGAACCAAAAAUGCGCCCAACUUUCAGCUAUUUGAUUCAAUUUUUCAAGCAAAUGCGCGUCGAAGCAGGCAACGAAGUCGAGUACACGUCAAUUAGCGACUUGGAUCGUGAAUUUCAUGCCUCCUCGCCCGAGCUGGAAAACAAUAAUUUACAACAAUCCAAGAAACGAGUCCCUCUCCCCGUGCCUGUUGCUCCCAAAACUUCCGCAGAUUUCGUCGUAAAUCGCGCCGAUGUCACUGUAGGACGCGAAAUCAACAAAGACGAGUUCGGAUCGGUGCACGAAGGAGUCUUUCAUCCCUCAAAUGGCGGCAAUAAAACUCCCGUUGCUGUCAAAAAGUUACUCGAUGCCACAAAUCGUCAAUCGCAUCAUCAGUUUUUGACCGAAUUUUCGCUCUUGAUGAAGAUAAAUCAUCCGUUUAUCGUGAAAUUGAUUGGAGUUGUUGUCGAACCGCCGCAAAUGAUCUUGCAGGAACUUUGUCGCAUGGGUACGUUACUGAAUUAUGUGCGAGGAAAUCGACAAAAUAUUAAACCGGAAACGGAUAUCAAACUUUGGGCUUACCAAAUUGCUGCCGGAAUGAAUUAUUUGGGCACGAAAAAUGUCAUUCACAGGAAUCUCGCUGCAAGGAAUGUGUUGCUUGCGAAUUCGCAACAAAUUAAAAUUUGCGAUUUUGGGUUGGCGAAGAUUUUGUACAAAGAUCAGGACAUGUACGUGGCGCGAAAUGCAGUAAAAUUCCCCUCAAAAUGGUACGCGCCUGAAAGUAUCAAACAUCAAGAAUUUUCAGCGAAAUCAGAUGUCUUUUCAUACGGCGUUCUGCUAUGGGAACUCUACAGUUUUGGUGCCGAACCAUGGGGAAUGAACGUUAACGGACCUCAAGCAAUGCAAAAACUCGAACAAGGACAAAAUUUGUCAAUUCCCGCUGCUUGUCCCGAAGAAGUUUACGAUCAACUCUUGCUCUGUUGGAAUUUGGAUCCAUCAAAUCGCCCCACGUUCAACGCUCUGAUGAACUUUUUCGAUAAACUCGGAAAAAUGGAUGAAGAUGACGAGUUCAUGACCCUCAGUGAUGUUCAGCGACUCUCGCAAACGACCUCAACGCAAGAUUCUAAUGCCAACAGUAUUAACUCAAACGUCCCGAAUGAAUUUUUACCCGUCGACAAGAUCAUAAAUCGCACGGAUGUCAGUCUGAAGGAGCAACUCGGCGAAGGAGAAUUCGGUUUUGUGUAUUUAGGCGAGUUGAAAUGUCGCGGAAACUCGAUGAACGGCACUUUUAAAGUUGCUGUGAAAACUCUAAAAGCUGAAAAAGCGGAAACUUAUCGAAAUUCGUUCCUUCAAGAAUUUUCAGUGAUGAUGAAAUUGGAUCAUUUGCACAUUGUUCGGUUACUUGGCAUCGUGAAACAUCCCGAAUUGAUGAUCAUCCAAGAACUCAUGACAGAGGGACCUUUACUCAAAUACCUCAGAGAAAACAAAGACUCCAUCCUGCCAGAUAUUGAACUGAAAUUGUGGGCUUUUCAAAUUGCGAGCGGAAUGAAUUAUUUGGUGACGAAGCAUUUCGUUCAUCGAGACUUGUCGGCGAGAAAUAUUUUGCUCUUGACGAAAGAUAUUUGCAAAAUAUCGGAUUUUGGAUUGUCGAGGGCGUUUUUGGAGCAAAAGGAAUAUUAUGCGGCGCGACAAGCGGGAUUGUGGCCCAUUAAAUGGUAUGCUCCUGAAAGUUUCCAAAACGGCGUGUUUUCGCAUGCAAGCGAUGUUUGGUCAUAUGGAGUCUUGUUGUAUGAACUUUAUAGUUACGGCGAACAACCUUAUGGAAAUAAAUCUAAUAAAGAAGUCAUCGAAUUCGUCGACAAAGGAGGUCGUUUAGAAAAACCAUUCAUCUGCUCUCCUGCCAUCUACAAAAAGAUGCUCCAAUGUUGGAACAUCGAAGAACGCAAACGUCCAAAAUUCAGUGAGCUCAUGGAAUUUUUCGCUCAGGAAGAAACACUUUACGAGAACAUUCCCAACAUAGUUUCGCGUUCAAUGGCAAUAAAUAACCAAAGGGAAUCGUCAUCAAACAGUCCAAUAAAGAGUUUUAAAGAGACUUUUGUUAUUCGAUUAUGAUUGGAAAUUUUUGUUUUAAAUAAAAAAAAUAAAAUUAAUUAUUAGAACGUAAAAUUAGCAAUAAAAAACACAAAAAAUGAUAAAUGUGAUUAAAGAAUAAUUAAUGAUGACUUGACCAUAAUGUUAC